CGGCCGGGAGCGAGCGAGGGAGCGAGCAGGGGAGGAGGGCGAGCGAGGCCGGCGCUCCGGGCCCGGCUGCACGCCGAGGACGGCACGAACUUCACCCGGUGAGUCUCUGCAGGAUGAAUUAAAGGCAGAGGACACGCACUCGUCAGGCAUGGAGAGCUGUGUGUCGGUUUCUGGUGUGCAAGACCCUUCAUCUUCAACUGUGGACAAACACGGCAGCUCGGCCAAUGGAAAUGGAGAUUUCGACUCAGCAGAGGAAGGUUCGAGCUUGGAGGAGAUGGACUUCAACUGGGGAGAGUAUUUGGAAGAGACGGGCGCGCGGGCCGCACCGCAUGCGUCCUUCAGACACGUGGAAAUCAGCAUUCAGAGCAACUUCCAGCCUGGGAUGAAGUUGGAGGUGGCCAAUAAGAACAACCCGGACACAUACUGGGUGGCGACGGUCAUCACCACGUGCGGGCAGCUGCUGCUCCUUCGCUACUGUGGCUAUGGGCAGGACCGCAGGGCCGACUUCUGGUGUGAUGUGGUCAUAGCGGACCUGCACCCCGUGGGGUGGUGCACUCAGAACAACAAGGUGUUGAUGCCCCCGGAUGCUAUCAAAGAGAAGUAUACGGACUGGACAGAAUUCCUCAUACGCGAUCUGACUGGUUCGCGGACGGCACCUGCCAACCUCCUGGAAGGACCUCUGCGAGGGAAAGGCCCUAUAGACCUCAUUACAGUUGAUUCCUUAAUAGAACUUCAGGACUCUCAGAACCCUUUUCAGUACUGGAUAGUUAGUGUGGUUGACAAUGUCGGAGGAAGAUUGCGCCUUCGCUAUGUGGGAUUGGAGGACACUGACUCCUAUGACCAGUGGUUGUUUUACUUGGAUUACAGACUUCGACCAGUUGGUUGGUGUCAAGAGAAUAAAUACAGAAUGGACCCGCCUUCAGAACUCUAUCCUUUGAAGAUGACCUCUGAAUGGAAAUGUGCUCUGGAAAAAUCGCUAAUUGUUGCUGCUGAGUUUCCCCUUCCAAUGGAAGUAUUUAAGGAUCACGCAGAUUUGAGAAGCCAUUUCUUCACAGUUGGGAUGAAGUUGGAAACAGUGAACAUGAGCGAGCCCUUUCAUAUCUGUCCUGCAUCAGUGACGAAGGUUUUUAACAAUCACUUUUUUCAAUUGACUAUUGAUGACCUAAGACCAGAACCUAGUAAACUGUCAAUGCUGUGCCACGCAGAUUCUUUGGGGAUUUUGCCAGUACAAUGGUGCCUUAAAAAUGGAGUCAACCUCACUCCUCCCAAAGGUUACUCCGGCCAGGACUUCGACUGGGCGGAUUACUACAAGCACCACGGAGCAGAGGAAGCGCCUCCCUUCUGCUUCGGAGACGUGUCAUUCAGCCGGGGCUUCACAAAGAACAUGAAGCUUGAAGCUGUGAACCCCAGGAACCCCAGCGAGCUCUGUGUGGCCUCCGUGGUCAGUGUGAAGGGACGGCUGAUGUGGCUCCACCUAGAAGGCCUGCAGACUCCUGUUCCGGAGGUCAUUGUAGAUGUGGAAUCCAUGGACAUCUUCCCCGUGGGCUGGUGCGAAGCAAAUUCUUACCCUCUGACGACACCGCAUAAAGCAACCUCACAAGUAAAGAGAAAGAUUGCAGUUGUUCAGCCAGAAAAACAGUUGCCAUCCACAGUGCCUGUUGAGAAAAUACCUCAUGGCCUUUGCCUCUUCCCUCCCGUGGACAGUGCAGCAGGAGCCGGCAACGGGAAGUACUGCUGCCCACAGCUGUUCAUCAACCACCGGUGUUUCUCGGGCCCCUACCUGAACAAGGGGAGGAUCGCAGAGCUACCUCAGUCCGUGGGGCCUGGCAAGUGUGUGCUGGUGCUUAAAGAGGUUCUCAGCAUGAUCAUCAACGCAGCCUACAAGCCUGGGCGGGUGUUGAGAGAGUUACAACUGGUGGAAGACCCACGCUGGAAUUUUCAGGAGGAGACUCUGAAGGCAAAGUACAGAGGCAAGACAUACAGAGCCGUGGUGAAGAUUGUGCGAACAUCAGACCAAGUGGCAAAUUUCUGCCGCCGAGUUUGUGCCAAGCUGGAAUGUUGCCCAAAUUUAUUUAGCCCUGUGCUGGUUUCUGAAAACUGCCCAGAGAACUGCUCCAUUCACACCAAAACCAAAUACACCUACUAUUACGGAAAGAGAAAGAAGAUUAUUAAACCCCCAAUUGGGGAAAGCCAUGUGGAGUCUGGGCACCCCAAACCAGCCAGAAGACGCAAACGGCGGAAAUCCGUCUUCGUGCAGAGGAAACGGAGAUCUUCUGCCGUGGACUUCACGACGGGCUCUGGGGAGGAAAGUGACGAGGAGGAUGCAGAUGCCCUGGAGGACGGCACCGCUAGUGAGGAGACUGGCUCUGAGCUCCGGGAUGACCAGACGGACACCUCCUCAGCAGACGUGCCCUCUGCCCGCCCCAGGAGGGCUUCGACCCUGAGGAGCAGCUUGCGGGCCGCACGGCGGCCCCCGGUGGAGAGGGCACGCACGGCAGCAGCCACCGUGUCGGAGGAAGACGGGGACAAGGAGCCACCUGCCAAGCCUGAGGCCCCAGAGGUGACCUUGGAGAGCAGACUUGGCUUGUUUGAAUCUAAGCAGGAGGAGGAGGAAAGGCUGGUCCUGGAGAGCAACCCACUGGAGUGGACGGUCACCGAUGUGGUGCGGUUCAUUAAGCUGACCGACUGUGCCCCCUUGGCCAAGAUCUUUCAGGAGCAGGACAUCGACGGCCAGGCCCUCCUACUGCUGACUCUUCCCACCGUGCAGGAAUGCAUGGAGCUGAAGCUGGGGCCUGCUAUCAAGCUGUGCCAUCAGAUCGAGAGAGUUAAAGUGGCUUUCUAUGCCCAGUAUGCCAACUAACUCUACCUUUCUGGGCGGUGCCCCGGGGCUCUGCAGUGCUGCGUUUGUGAAGGUGUUAAUGAAGAGACUGGAAGCUUUCCAGGCUGGGUGACGCAGUGCUUUCACCCAAGUCUCAUCGAAAAGCCAGAGCCCGGGACCCCCUUCGAGCACCAACCCCGGGCGAUGACCCUGUGUUGUUGAAGCACACGGAAGGACCUCUGCCGCAGCUUCCGGGGGCGUAAUGACAGCUCUGCCUCAGCCUCUUCUGUGCUUCUUUCCCCCACCCAAACCAGGCGGCUUCCUGGGAACAAGGUUUUCUACACUGAGCUCCAUCUUCUUGGAAAAUAGAUGGAUACACUUGACGUAGUCUCACAUGUGACCAAGGAGAAUACCGAAUCCUUUGCUGGUAGUUUUUGCUGGAAUCACUCUCAGGCACACUUACAAAUUAUCUUUCCUGUACAUCACAAGUGACUGGUUUAGUGUCACCUGCUAUCACUGUGGUUUGGUCUCCAUGUCACCUCCUUUCUCUGACACAGUAUGGCUGUGUUUCAGGAUGUUGUCACAAAACAGUGCGCUCCACUCCACCUUCUGUCAGAGGUGCCUUCUCACGAUACACAGAACAAAGGGAGGCUGGUGGCAGGUGAGACCAGAUUCUUGCAUGCUCAAAGCCUAGGUCAUUUUUGGACAAACUCUCUUCAUAGCCUCCUGGAGAAUCACAGGAUCUCCCGUAUUCUCAUAGUGCUCUGAGCAGGUCAGGGAUGCUUUAGGGAAAUGUCAGACUCUGUAUUGAAGAACCAGCUUAGUCUCAGAGGGCAAGAAGGAAAGAGGCUAGGUGGAAGUGUUUCAGGAACUAACUAUAUCAGCUCAGAAGAUUGACACAGCUCGUCACUGCAAGAGAGUCCCUCUGGGCCUCUCCUGUGCUCUGUCCACCCUGGCUUGCCACAGCAGAGGGGGCAUGAGCAGCCAGCUGUCCCUGUUCUAACACUGUGAGGGGCUCUGCGCCUGGACCUUACUUGUUCUCUGCUUGGCUUUUGUAAUGUCCAACCCCCGAUCUCCAGUAACUUUCCUCCACUCUGGACCCCAGUUCCCAUCAAAGGACAGGUUUGACUGCUUAGCAGUUAGCAGUAAGCGUACCAUCUCCCCUUGCCUCCUCCUCACUCCUGCUGGCAAGAGCGCAGGUUGACCGGCAUAUAUAUAUCUCCACAGCAUUAAACUGUACACUCCCCAUAUUCCAGGCUGGGUUUGAAGUGGUUCGUGAAAUUUGUGGGACAAUUUUGUUAAGUUCCCUUUUAAAUGUUUUCUUGAAAUCUAGGUCAGUGACAUCAUCUGCGAGAAUUGACUGAAAUAUUAUACCUGCCACUUUCAUCCAUGUUUCCUUAUGAGUCAUUUGCAUACACAAGGAACCAUGAUAUUCUGAUGCAGUGGUCACCUCCAUGCCUGUCCAAACCACAUCUUCAUUUUCUUUAGAAAUGGACACUCACAUUAGAGGCUUAAAGUUUAUACCUUUAUUGCCUGUGUGUGUUUUCCCAUAAUUACGUUGAUCUUUUCUGUGCAGAGUCCAACAGUUCCUGUAACUUAUUUUUUUCCAACAUUUUUAAGGCUUUUAAAACUUUGGUUUUUCAUGCUAACCCAUUCUUAACAUCCUGUGAUGGUUGCAGUUGAAAAUGGGAAGCAAAAGUUUUGUAGUUGAGACUGUUUUGUCUCCUCUGCAGCCGAUUUUCUACAGUUAAACUUAGACAUCUUGAAUGCGUCCACCUGGGGCCCUCUCAUGGAAGGAGCGUGCCGUGCUUGGCGCUAUGAAGAUGUGUCGGCUUGUAGUCGCAUAUCUCCCUUUUAUGAUACAGACUGGCUUGUCCUCAGUUUCCCAGCCCUGCCUGCUCAACCACAUGCUUUUGGCCUUACAUGCUCAGACCUGUGGAACUGCACUAUCCAACAGCUGGAAAGGGGAUCCGUCUCAAGAUCUGUGGCAUUUCCUUGUGCCAACUCACUUAGGAUCCGACCUUUCACUGUGGCCUUGUCAAGCUGAGGUGUUUCUGUUGCAUUUGAAACCAGGCUGAGGACAUGGGUGGCUACAGCCCAACAGUGUGCUUUGAGAACGAAUGUCACCUUCUCAUGCCAUUUCCAGAGUAGCAUGGGGCAGGAGAUGUGACAUCGGAGGACAAGAGUGGUUUUCUGGGGAGUGUCCUGAGCCCACGGAGAUCCGGAGGAGUACUAAAGAAGAAGUCCAGGCAGUUGUCCUGCAGCCACCAUCGGUGGCGAAAGCAUCUUACUUGCUAUGGAGUCAGAUUCCCAAGACUGUCCUUAGCCUACAUCCUUGUGACUUGGCUUCAUCCCCUCCAUGUGGAGCUGGUUGUUUGAGCCUCAAUUUCAACUUGAGCUUUUGACACUCAGGCAAGAGGAGAUGUAACCCACUGCUUAAGAAUGCCCAUCUGCGGACCCCCUGUGCAGUGUGUGCACCAUACCCUGGCCCUGCAGGAGACUUGGGGACAAAGGAGGCACUUUCCUCCAAGAGGCACCUGAGUCCUUCCUUGACAAUGUCCUCUUCAUGUGGGCAGUGUCUGCGUCCUUGGGUUGAAAGUGGUUUUCUCAAGCUCUCUCUCUUGCCUCACCUCACCUCACCUCUCGCCCACUUCCCUUCUAAAUGUACAACCAGUUUUCAAAGAUACUCCAGUAUCACCAUGACCCACACACCAAAAAUGUUCUUGUCUAAACACCAACAAACGAUGCCCCCCCCCAGUUCCUUCCCUGGAUCACUUCAUUUCCUUCUCCCUCCUUGGUCACCUUUUGGGACCAAACUCCUUGCUCAUGCACCUGGCUUUGGCUGUAUGCAGCACAGUGAUCACCAUCAUUCCCUCCUGGCACUUGCUGAGCAGACGCCUCACAGCCUGUGCCAGGAUUGUGACCCGAGGGGCAGACGAUCACUUGAUCCCAUCCUGACGCUGCUGGAGUUUGCUCCAGCCUCUCACUUGUCACCUACAUCUGUGCUGUUGUAAACAUCACGUAUCUGCACCAUAAAACCCGAACAUGAGCAAAGCUAGCGCGGCAGCUUGUCCAUCGAGUGAUGGUUUCCCUGGUAGGGUUUCCACUGCAUGGAGAACAACUCUCACUUUUAAGUUAGAAUCCUUUGGUCAGAGUUUGAGUCACACACAGUAGUUGAGCUGUUUGAAUUGUUUUGGCCUUAUCUGAUCAGAUUCAAAAGAUUAUUUCCUGUGUUCGCUUUGAUUUGUCCUUCCGUAAAUUAAAAUGAUCCAAAGCUUACCACUGCCACCUCCAACCUUGACUACCAUCUCUAGAAUCAGCUUUUUGAAUCUCGCCCUCUCUCCUAAUGUAUCUCACAGAAUUUUGAGUGUUGUGUCAGGCAAAUACUGGGCUUCUAUCAUACUGAAUCCUCCUUUCUGAAAGUUGUUACUUUGUGGAACACCCAUUUAUAUUUAUUUCUGUAUAUAGAACAACAACAACAAAACCAGCAGUAAGACCUUUGUUGUGGCUUGACUUGCUGCUUUUGGUUAAGAUAGCGAACCUAGGCUCCAGUUACUCUCUGUUCUGUCUUUUAGAAAGCUGUGAUCAAGUGUGCAAUUAUUUGAAAGGAAAAAUUGUGAACUGAAAUAUCUGUAGACUUCAAGAAGGAGGUGUCUCCGGUGCAGUCACGAAGCGGGGGGAGGGGGGGUCUCCACAGCCACCAUGGUUCCAUGAACCUGCUAGUUCGCUGUUGUAAGUUGUCUGAAAAUCACUCACUCUAACCUGGUUGGCUUUUUUAAAGCUGAUUAAUUCUCACAGCUUAUGACAAACUCAGAUUUGCUACCUGUGACCCAUUCAUUUUGCCAGAAAAAUUUUAAUUGCCACCCUUCAUGGGCACCUUGGGUCUGGCUGAACAGCGUCUGUGGUUUAAAUGGUUGGUGGUGACCCAGUUCCCCGGGCUGUGGGCCUGCUGUGUGUCAGCGCUCAUGACCCAGCGCCAGGCAGGAUGCGGGUCACCCACGUUACUGAACCAGUGUGGGCCAGAGAAAUGCACUGAUGAGGAAGGAACGUUCUAGAAUGGUCUGCUAGAAGUUACCUCCUCCUGAUGGGGAAUUUGAAGUAAAGGUUUUAAGUAGUGGAAAAAAGAAUCAUGUCACCUGUUCAGAAUGGAAGCUGGCACGAUUGCUGAGAAUCGACCCAUGGUCGUGAAUAGUGGGAGCCCAUUAACUGUUUCAUACCCACCUCAAAUAGCUUGUACUGAAGUUUGAUUCAUAUCUUGUGUAUGUUUUGGUGCAUAAGAGAAAAAUUGGUGUCUUUACUUUGAGAUUUUCAGGACAAUGGGCAUGAUCUUAGUUUGCUGUAAGAUUGUAUUCUGUAUAUAUGUUUUCAUGUACAUAAAUGAAAAUCUAUAUCAGAGUUAUAUUUUAAUUUUUAUUCUAAAUGAAAAACCCUUUUUACUUGAAAACAUGGUAAGCCACAUUGUUAAAUAAAAUCAAAAUAAAUUA